AACAAAAUAUUUUCACUAUGACUUUAACUACAUGUGUAAUGUUUCUAAUGCUCUCAUUGAUUUCUGGUGUUUGCAGUCAGACUCUGACUGAGUCUGAACCAGUGGUGAAGCAGAAUGGAGAAUCCCACAGACUGACCUGUACAUAUGCAGGAAUAUCAGAUGACGAUACUCAUAUCAGCUGGAUCAGACGACCUGAAGGAAGAGGACUGGUGUGGCUUGCUCGAAUUUCUGCAAAUGGAAACACUAGAAGUUAUUCCAGAUCAGUUCAGAGUCGCUUCACCAUUUCCAGAGACAACAACUUGGACCAGGUGUAUCUGCAGAUGAACAGCCUGAUGCCUGAAGACUCUGCUGUUUAUUAUUGUACUCGAACUUGGGUUGGAGGGUACGCGUUUCAACACUGGGGUCAUGGGACUGAAGUUACAGUAUCUUCAGAGCCAGCUGUAUCACCAACUCUGUUCCCUUUGGUUCAGUGCACACCUGGACCUGAUGAUAAAAUCUCUGUUGGUUGUCUUGCACGCGACUUCUUCCCUGGAAGUCUUACUUUCCAGUGGACCGAUGCCAGUGGGACCAGCCUGACUUCUGUACAAUAUCCUCCAGCUGAGAAAAACAACAAAUAUACAGAAGUCAGUUUGGUCCAAGUAUCAAAAUCUGACUGGGAUUCUGGAAAGUCGUUCGAUUGUUCUGUGACUCACCCUGGAGGCCCAAACAGUGUGAAACUGCGAAAAUCUCUUUCAGAUGGAAGGAAGCCAAAAGUGACGGUCCACGUCCUUCCAGAGGAGGUCAUCAACCAAGAAGACUCAGCUGAGGUCACUCUGGUGUGUCUGGUCUCCAGUCCUGUGCUGCAGGAUUACUACAUCGCCUGGUCAGAAUAUACUGGAAAAAAGACUGGUCUCUAUAUGGAUGGCAUUAACUCCCCCCCGCAGAAGACCAAACAUGGCUACUCAGUCACAAGUGUUUACACCACCACCAAGGAAAAGUGGAGCAGUUUUAAAUUUGAGUGCAACGUCAGGCCUGCUGGCAGCAAUGACACCAUGACGCUACGAGAAGUGUCGAAGGCCCAGGGGAACGCAACUGAAUGUAAAAAAUAGUAGAUUCAGCUUUAAAUGUGGUCUUCUGUGCUCAUGUGUUGUUCUGUCGCUGCCAUGGGAACCUGUGCACUCUGUGCUGUCAUCAGUCUUUGUGAUUGUAGAAGUGAGAGUCAACAUGUCAGUUUAGUUCUGUUUGUCGUCGUGUUGUGUCUUUGUCACAGUGUCUAACAGCUUGAGAAGUGUGCUUACUGUUUCAAAUAAAUGUUGCAUGGAGACACUUGUGUUACACGUUCAUGAAUGGCUUCAAUGUCUGAAAACAAGCUGAAAAUCAAGCACAAAGUCGUAGAAGUAUACUGUGCUGGUCCACUGUUCACCUGGAGAAACGUCCACACAAUAUGUGAUCAAAGAGGGAAUAAUGCUCGCUUCCAGUUUAUGAGA